AUGGCUUGGGGUAGAAGACCGUUCCGGUUACCAUCAAAGGGAUUCUCAAGCCUUGGGUCGGUAUUUUGGAUAAGAAUUCCUGUUUUGAGAUCUGGUGUAGCUUUCAAUCUGGCUCUGCUUCAUGCGCAUCCUCUGUCCUCUGUCCUCUGUCCAAGUGCAGUGUCCGGGGGAUCGAAAGUAAUCGCAAAGAUGGUUUCGUUCUGGAGCACUUCGACGGGUUUGGUAAUUGUUGGCUCCAAGGUAUAUGGUGGCUAUACCCAACCAACCGACCCGCUGAAGAGUAAAAGGACUGGGAAGAGUGCUUCUAACUUGAAGGGCAAGAAAUACGAUUCUUGUGUGUUCGAGGCCAUUCAACCGAAACUGUUGUCAAAGGCUCUAGAAAGGUCGAGCCUCGGAUGGGAGAAAGCAGGGUCUGGGUCUUAA